CCCAUCUUUAACACAAUAGCACCAGACAGACUCCGUCCCAUAGAGAGAUACCGCCGCUCAUGCAUGACGUGAAGCCUUGGCAAAUGAAGACAAGAGACUGGGAGAAAAUAAAAGAUGAUUGAAACAAUGGAUACCCAGCAUUGUCUGCAGGCGGUGGAGAGGUUACAGUCUCGUCUGAAGGAAAAGGGAGCCGAUAUUCCUGCUGAGGAGAAGCUAAAUCUUCUGAAAACGGUCCUGCAGAGUCCUCUCUUCCACCAGAUUCUCGCCCUGCAGAAAUCAGUGCAACAUCUGAAGGAGCAUACUCCAUAUAUUGACUCCGAUCUGAAGGGCGGCCAUGACGGGUUCUCCUCGCUGCUCAAUGGGCAGCCUUCAUCUGAAGAGUUUGAACAUAUCAUCCGUUCCAUGGCUCAGGGUCGAUACGUGACUCAAAUUAACCUGCCAAAGCCGGUAUCUGGUGGUUUGGGCUUCAGUGUUGUUGGAUUGUGCAGCGAGAACCGUGGAGAAAUCGGCAUCUUCAUUCAGGAGAUUCAGGCCGGGAGUGUGGCAGACAGUGAUGGUAAACUGAAGGAGGGAGAUCAGAUCUUGGCAAUUAAUGGUCAGCCGCUGGAUCAGAGGGUCAGUCACCAGCAGGCCAUUGCACUACUGCAGCAAACAUCGGACCACAUGGAAAUCACUGUCGCCCGUGGGCCCGUACCACAACUCUCCAGCCCAGUGGUGUCCAGAACGCCCAGCGCUGCAAGCACCCUUUCAGCACACUCCAGUGCGACCCACUGGACUCACGUAGAGACGAUCGAACUGGUGAACGAUGGAACUGGUUUGGGCUUCGGGAUUGUUGGCGGUAAAACCACCGGCGUCGUUGUCAAAACCAUCUUACCUGGAGGCAUUGCUGACCAAGAUGGUCGUUUACGUAGCGGAGAUCACAUCCUGCGUAUUGGUGAUACGAAUCUUUUCGGUCUGAGCAGUGAGCAGGUUGCUCAGGUCUUGAAACAAUGUGGCAACAGAGUCCGACUGCUCAUCAGCCGUGCGACGGUGGACGAUGCUCUACCCAUUCAUAUCUCCCUGCCAACUGUCACUGAGCAACAGGGUUUUGAGGAAGAAGAACAGGAUGCUUUUGAUGUGAGUCUGACGAAGAACGCUCAGGGGCUGGGCAUCACCAUCGCUGGAUAUGUCGGGGACAAAACCUCAGAGCCCUCCGGGAUAUUCGUGAAGAGCAUUUCGAGGGACAGUGCCGUGGAGCAGGAUGGGCGAAUUCAUGUCGGGGAUCAGAUCAUAGCUGUAGAUGGUAUGAAUAUCCAGGACUUUACUAACCAGCAGGCUGUUGAGGUUCUUAGACACACAGGUCAGACUGUACACUUGAAACUGGUCCGACGCGGCUUUAAACCAGAGGACGCGUUCCCACCAAUCAUACCCGUAACCAUGGAGACCAGACCUGCCUCUGGUGCAUCCAGAAACUCAACAAUGGAGCACAUGAACGACAUACACGAUGAGAGGUUAUAUCUCAGUCCAGCUGAAUCCUCCAAACCCCCGUCUGUCACGGUUCCACCCAUCAGAACUCCAGAAAGGCGAGACGGAAUGAAGCUGAGCUGUGAUGAGGAACUCAAACUCUUGCAGAAGUGGCAGAAGGACGUUGGCAUGUGCAGCGAGGUCAUUGUGGUUCAGGUGGAGAAGUUCAGUGAGAACAGCGGUUUAGGGAUCAGUCUAGAUGUUUGUUCCAGCCGUCACUUCCUGUGCUCUGUGCUUCCAGAGGGUCCCGUCGGACGUUCUGGAAAAAUCUGCAAUGGAGACGAACUGCUGGAGGUGAACGGCAUUCCCCUCAGAGGAGAGACUCAUAAAGAGGUUGUCGGCAUUCUGAAGGAACUGCCUGUCUACGUGACCAUGGUCUGCUGUAGACCUGCCCAUCUUAUGACUGACAGCCAAACUGACCAACUACGAGCGGUGGAUGUGGCCGUUGAAUCCACAAUUCAGGUGUUUGGUGAGCUUGAGGACUUCGUGGUUGCUGGGGAAUCAGAGGACGACAUGAGAGAUCAUGUGACUGAGGAGUCUGCCGGAAUGCUGCUAGCGAUGUGGGAAACAGAGAUUCAGGAUAUUGAACUGGAAAAAGGGGAGAGUGGGCUGGGCUUCAGCAUUCUCGAUUACCAGGACCCCACGGACCCAGCUAAGACAGUAAUUGUGAUUAGGUCUUUGGUUCCCGAUGGCAUUGCAGAGCGAGAUGGACGCUUGUUGCCUGGAGACCGCCUCAUGUAUGUCAACAACAUGAACCUGGAGAGUGCCAGUUUGGAAGAGGCAGUGCAGGCGCUGAAAGGAGCAAACAUGGGCGCUGUCCACAUCGGGGUGGCCAAACCAUUGCCGGCUGAGGGUGAGGACGUCUCUUCCUCCUUUAUCUUCUCUGCUCUGAUGCGGACGGAAUGUUGUGGUGAUGACGAGGAAGAGGAAAUUUUGUUCCGUGCUGAGCCUGCAGUGAUCAACUCCAGCGAUUUAGAUCUGUCUGAUGAAAAGGCGUUCGAGUGUCAGUUUGUCGAAGAAGAGGAUGAGGCGUUGCAGGCGUCGAUGAUCGCUCAGCAUGGCAGCAUUUGCAGCACUGAUCAUCAGAUGGUCAGACAGUCCUCCACACCCAAGAGGAGUGUUCUCCAGGAAUCUUUCUUGGAUUAUCCCUUCAUGGGCACGUCCGGAAUUGUGGAUGACACGGAACCCUUCACUCCUGAGCAGAGGGCGGUGCCUUGGAUGCCUGAGGGAGGGGCUUUUAGGAUGGGACUCACCCACUCUGACUUGUUCUGUGAACUGGGCCUAGAAGAGGUGGAGCCACUGGCAUCAGAGGUGGAGUUAUCUAGAGCUAGCCCCACCCCCAUGCAUAAAGCGGAGGGGCUUGAACAGUCAUUUUACCCCAAGGUGGACCCAAUGGUGGGCACUCUUGGAGAAGGCCUGGUCAAGAGUGGUAACCAUGGAGAUCAAGACUUCCAGAAGGAAGGGGAUUUCCUUCCAGCUAUAACUGCAGAUGAGUCCCAGCAGGUAAACUCCUCCGCGGGGAGCAGUUUCGAGAGGACCAUCACUGUCGUCAAGGGCAACUCCAGUUUGGGUAUGACUGUGUGCGCAGUGAAGGAUGGUGUGGGUAUGCUGAUCCGUAGCAUCAUUCACGGCGGCUCCAUCAGCAGAGACGGGCGUCUUGGGGUUGGUGACCUUAUUCUGGCCAUUAAUGGAGAACCAACGGGAAAUCUGACCAACGCCCAGGCACGAGCAAUGCUCCGCAGGCACUCUCUGACUGGACCUGAUAUGGGAUCCACAGCUGCUGCUGGGGAAGAGCAAAACCCCUUCUCUGUAAUCAAGUAUGUACCUGCAGAAUAUUUAGAGGAAUACAGGGCAAGCCAACAGAUCAAGGGUGACAUGCUCUCCGAAGGCGAAAUCAACACUCAACAUCGGACAAUCUCAGAGCUCCCAGAGAGAGAAGAUGGAGAAGGAGAGGAAAGUGAACUACAGACAGCAGCUUCCAGCAACUGGAACCUUCCGCGGAGAGUGGAGCUGUACAGGGAAGUUGGGAAAACUCUGGGCAUCAGUAUUGUCGGUGGGCGGGGCAUGGGCAGUCGCCUUAGCAAUGGAGAAGUGAUGCGGGGCAUCUUUAUUAAACACAUCUUGGAGGACAGUCCUGCAGGACGCAAUGGCACGCUAAAGACUGGAGACAGGAUUGUAGAGGUGGGUGGAGUGGAUCUACGUGAUGCCAGUCAUGAACAGGCAGUGGAAGCCAUCCGUAAUGCUGGAAACCCUGUUGUGUUCCUGGUCCAGAGCAUCAUUCACAGAGACAAAAAGCUGCUUGUUCCCUUCCUGCAGCUGAACUGUUCAAAGCCCCAACUUCGUCCUUAUCCCGAAUCCUGCUUUACACACAAACCGUUGCAGCAGACAUCUGCGGCGGAUGCAGUGGAGGAGAGUUCAGCAUCCAGCUCAACGAGCAACGAGAAGGACAUUGACACUCACAGUAGACUUUUCCUUCGUCUGUGCCCAACUAAUCCUUUCACUCCUACACCGUUUAAGCUUAAUCGAGAAGCAGGAAAACUCUCCCCAACAACACCCAUCCUGUUGUUGCCGGUUGUCUCACAUGUUGGGGAAACAGAUACGGACACUCUGCCAGAGACUGACCAUAACAAUCAUAACAAUGGCCCUGAUGAGGAAGAGAUGGAUGAAUACGGAUACAGUUGGAAGAAGGUUACAGAGAGGUAUGGUCGUUUACCGGGUCAGCUGCACAUGAUCGAGCUGGAGAAGGGUCGCACAGGCUUGGGUUUGAGUCUGGCAGGAAACCGGGACCGUUCGCGCAUGAGUGUCUUUAUUGUGGGCAUCGAUCCCAGUGGUGCUGCCGGCCGAGACGGACGCAUCGCUGUGGGAGACGAACUGCUAGAGAUAAACGGUCAGGUUCUCUACGGCCGCAGUCAUCAGAACGCCUCUGCCAUCAUUAAAAGUGUCCCAUCAAAGGUCAAGAUCAUCUUCAUCCGGAACAGAGAUUCUUUGAGUCAGAUGGCUGUUGGACCGAUGAAGGAGUUUGGAGACUCCCUGGAUACAUACACAGAGACAGAGACGUCCAGCUCAACACUAGACAACAUACAACACAUAACUCUACCUGUGGAGGAUGGAGAGGUGGGUGUAGUCCUGAAGGAGGACGACAGCAGGAACGGAUUGCUCAUUCAGAGUGUAGACGAGAACAGACCAGCUGGAAGGGAUUGUGUGAUUAAGGUUGGAAACAGACUGCUGGCAAUAGAUGAUGAAAUGGUGCUCGGACUCUCUGUGGAAAAGGUGAUGUCUCUACUGAAGAAAGCCCAGAACUCUGUGAAACUCACCAUUUGCACUGACCCUGCCUUCCUGUCCUCAUCAUCCAAUAAUAUUUGCCCUGGAUCAGACCAGGGAAUCACCCUUCAAACCAGCCUCCCUCUCGUCUCUCUGAUGUCAUCUGAGAUGGAGCCAAUCAGGAGUUCAAGCAGAUCUUCCACACCAGCAACAUUAGCUUCUGAUCCAGUGACCUGUCCCAUCAUCCCCGGCUGUGAGACCACCAUAGAGAUCUGCAAGGGCAGAACAGGACUGGGGCUCAGCAUCGUGGGCGGAUGUGACACAUUACUGGGUGGCAUAAUCAUUCACGAGGUGUAUGAGGAGGGAGCCGCUUCCAAAGAUGGCCGACUGUGGGCAGGAGAUCAGAUUCUGGAGGUAAACGGUAUAGACCUGCGUGUGGCGACCCAUGAUGAGGCCAUCAAUGUUUUGCGACAGACUCCACAGCACGUUCGACUGGCAGUAUUCAGAGAUGAGGCUCAGUACAAGGAAGAGGAUAUGUGGGACGCUCUGACCAUCGAGCUUCAGAAGGAACCAGGCCGCACUCUCGGACUUAGCAUCGUCGGGAGAAGGAAUGAUACGGGAGUUUUUGUGUCAGACAUCGUUAAGGGCGGAGUCGUAGAGAGUGACGGACGGCUCAUGCAGGGAGAUCAGAUCCUUUCUGUCAAUGGGGAGGACGUUCGCUCUUCCACGCAAGAGUACGUGGCGGCACUGCUCAAGAGUCACGCUGGUCCAAUCAUAAUGGAGGUGGGUCGCUUUAAGGCAGGGCCGUUCCACUCUGAGCGACGUCUGUCUCAGACCAGUCAGAUAAGCGAGACAUGCAGCGGAAAAGUCACUCCAUGUCCCAGCACUGCUGCUCUGCAGGGCGACACUGAAUUGCUGGAUCAAGAUGCCAGGACAAUUGAAUUCAUGAAGGGCCCGUCAGACUCUCUGGGGAUCAGUAUAGCUGGAGGGGUUGGCAGUCCGCUUGGGGAUGUGCCCAUCUUCAUUGCCAUGAUGAACCCCAGUGGUCUCGCAUCACAGACGCAGAGACUCCGGAUUGGAGACAGAAUUGUGUCUAUCUGUGGAAACUCUACAGAGGGAAUGACUCACCAUCAAGCUGUUUCACUGCUGAAGAACACAGGCACCAUUCAACUCCAGGUAGUUGCUGGUGAUUCAACAGUAACUGGCCCUUCAUCAGAACAGACAGCAGGACUCACAACCAGCUGCAUUUUCCACGACGACCUGGGUCCUCCGCAGUGUAAGAACUUAAGUUUAGCGAGAGGACCUGACGGACUGGGCUUCAGUAUCGUGGGUGGAUUUGGAAGCCCUCAUGGUGAUCUGCCCAUCUAUGUCAAAACCGUCUUCAGUAAGGGGGCGGCGUCAGAGGACGGUCGCCUGAAGCGUGGAGAUCAAAUCGUUGCUGUUAACGGUCAGAGUUUGGAGGGAGUCACUCACGAAGAAGCCGUCGGUAUUCUGAAGAAAACCAAAGGAACUGUGACACUCACUGUGCUGUCAUAAACACACAAACAUUUUCAUCAAUGACUCGCCUCUUCUGUGAAACACAAAAUAUUAGAAGAAUGGCACACAGAUAGCAUAUACUAGGCGGUGUCAAGCUCCAAAUAGGGCAAAAAAACAAAACCUUAAAACAGUGAUUAUGACUUAUGUGGUAUGGACCAUAUUUUAAGAGCACUAGCGUUAAGCGCAGCACUAUGCUUUAAGUCACAAGUGCAAAGUCAGUGGGCAUGGCCAUGAAGUUUUGGUAUUUUCGUGCAAGCAUGCGCUAGUCUGCACCCAUGGCCACUCGGGCUUUGAACUGGCAGGAAAAUUGCGCUUAAAAUUAGCGUGGUCACAAAUUUUGGAUAAGACAUAGUGCACUGUCAUUGCACAUAGUGCUGCGCUUUGCCCAAUAUUCCAAGUCUUCUGAAGAUGCACAAUAGCUUUGUGACACUAGAUAUCAUAGAGCUUCAGAAGACUUCAGAAGUCAAUGUUAUUGGUAUCAAUAUUUAACACAUAUUGAGGAUGAGUAAAGACAUGUGAACUUAGAAUCUUGUAUUAGCACCUAUCAUGGGUAUGGAGUCUUUUUAAACACUGGAUUAAACACACGGAGUCUCUGAAAUGCCUCUCACACAUGCUAUGAAACCUUUAAAUGAGAAUUAAAAAGUCCACAGAUUCUAGACAGAGAAAGGACCUCGACACACUUUGCUGUUUAUCAUUUUAUUCAUCAUUGUUUCAUAGAAAGAUUUGAAUAACUGUAAAAUAUAAAAUGAAAACCUGAUACAAUUCUAAGCAAUAAAGUCCUAAACUGCAAUAAAAUACUUAUUUUUGAUGGCUUGCAAUAUGAUGAGGAUAAUCAUAAUCAUUUUUAAUCAUGAAGACUGAAUUUAUCCUGAUGUUUAACUUAAAAUAUUUGAGUAACUGUUUCUUAAAAUAAGCUUUUAUGAAGAAAGUUGUUUGAAGAGUUUAAUGUGUCCAUUAGUGGUGAAACUGAAGUGCUGAUAUUUGUGCAUUUUCUAUAAUUAAACAAUGUGUUCUCAUUAUUUUAUUGAGUUUUGCCUUUAUGAGAAUAAACACCUUUUUUUAUCCAAGUAGUCAUGUUGCUGGAACACACACACAGUUUGUCCAAUUUUAAGUUUUGUUUGUCAAUUCAGUUCUGAUACAUUAUUGGGAUUCACUCCAAAUAAAUGAAUUAAGAUACCUUGAGACUGUUGCUUUUCAUU